GCCCCAUCUCCAUGCCCUGCUCACAGGAACCCUGGGUUCCCCAGCUCACCUCCCCAUCAGCCUCACUUUGCACCAGGCUGUCUCCCCACAGGGCGCUCUGGACCUCCCUGUUUCUCCAGGCUCCUUCGAGGGGGUUUCCCAAACCCCGGGAUCCGGGUUGUUUCCUCGUUCCAUCCGGGGGGACUGAUUUAUUGUCAGACAGCGCGUGCUGGGAGCUGGAGCAUGGUGACAUUUGCCGACUCCCGCCUGAGCAGGGCCCUUGCAAGGGACGGAUUCUUCGCUACUUCUACAACCCGGCCUCCAGGACGUGUGAAAGCUUCAUCUACGGAGGCUGCAAGGGCAACAAGAACAACUUUAAGACAAAGGCAGAGUGUGUGCGUGCCUGCAGGCCUCCUGAGAGACCCGGGGUUUGCCCCAAGACCUCAGGCCCUGGCAUUUGCCUGCAUGGCUGCGACAGCGACUAUGACUGUAAAGAAGGACAGAAGUGCUGCUUUAAUGGCUGUGGCUACAUCUGCCUGACGGUGGCUCCAUCAGGGUCUCCCUGACUCCCGUCUGCCAGGACGAGCUGCCUCAGCCCACAGGCCAAUUGCCAAGAUCGGAUCAGCCUGAAGACAAAGCCCCGACCCCCAGGGUCUCUCCCCCAUCCCCGGUGCUCUUGCCAGGAGAACAGGUCGAGGUUUCCUGGGAUUCCUUCUCUUCCUCAAUAAACAUUUCCUGAUGUCCCAGCA